AUGGAAUUUCUUCGCCGUCUCUUUUGGGCAAAGACCUCUCCAACCUGGGAGACCGAUGAAGUCUUCCCACUCACUCUCAUUGAUAACCUCGCAGCAGCACGUAACGUCGUUCUAAGCGAGAGCCUUCGGUUCGACCAAGCACUGGACGCCACCAUAUUAAGCGCCGGCUUGACGGAGUUGAUCCAUAAGAAUGGCGAUUGGAGGAAGCUGGGUGGUCGGCUUCGGUUGCGACCCGAUGGAUCUCUCGAGAUACACGUGCCAAGAGAGUUCACAGAGGAGCGUCCUGCUUUUCACUUCACUAGCCAGACAUUCGAUAUCGCCAUUGAGGAACACGCUCUUGACAGUCAAUUGCCCAAGCUGACUGAUGGUCCUUCGUUACAACCCGGGCCAGCCAGCUUCGACCGAUUGAACCCUAUCCCAGACAAACCCAGCAAGUUGGACGACUACAUUUACAGCGACCGCCCGAUCCUCAGGCUGCACGUCACGUCUUUCACCAACUCAUCCAUCGUCACUCUCAUCUGGUCGCACGUCGUCUUUGGCGGUGGCGGGAUGAAGCAGCUCAUCGCAGCCUGGUCAAAAGUGCUGCACGGCCGCCAGGAGGUGCCGCCACUGCUGGGCGCUCACAAAGACGUCCUAGCUCACGUCGGGACCAACGCCGACGCGGCAGCACCGUUCCUCCUCGGUCCGAGCGAGAUCAAACGUUGGGGUUUGGUCAAGCUGGUUUUUGGUCUUUUGUGGGAGCUGUGGCGACAUCCUACAGUAGAGACUCGGGCUAUGUAUUUACCCAGAGGAUUUGUCUCACAGCUAAGGCAGGCAUGUCUGCGGGAGCUCCGAGCCGUCUACAGACAAGAUCCGGCCGCGUUCAUCAGCGAGGGCGACGUCCUGGAGGCCUGGUGCUCGCGGUUCGUGGCCCGAGCACGUGGCGAUGAGAAACCCGUCCUCAUAAUGAACGCCAUCGACGUCAGAGAUCGACUGACUGCGCCCUGGGGCGUCGGGGGAGUAUACGUGCAGAACACGGCCGUCUGCACAUGGACCUCGGUGACGGCCGAAGGCUUGUUGAGGCGACCCCUUGGCGAGCUAGCGUACACGAUACGGCGCAGCAUUCAGGAGUUGGCCACGGACGAGCAGCUCCGCGCCCAGCUGCGCAUCUUCCGAUCGCUGGGACACACAAAGAUGAUUCCGCUCUUUGGAGACCCGGGCUCUCGCGUCAUGAACUUUUCCAAUUUCACAAAGUUUGACCUUUUUGAAGUUGCCGACCUCGGCCCGGCUGUGAUUUCACCGUCGUCGCCGACCAGGUCCGACGCCUCUGCCUGUCCUACAGGGAAGCCGGUUUAUAUGCACUGCGGAGCUGUGGGCGACAGCUGGACGCUCAGAAAUUGUUUCAACAUCACUGGAAAGGAUUGGGAUGGCAGCUACUGGAUCACCGCCCAUCUUUAUCCCGAGGACUGGGCCAAGCUGGAGGAGUACAUGCAGCAGACCCAGCAGCGCAUCGGCGAGCAGAUGGCAUGA